CACAACCACAACACAACCUCUAAAAGCUGGAGAAGUAAUCUCCAAAUUCGAUUAUUUUUUCUUUAAAGAUGCAUUCCCAUGUACAUCCUGGUACUCCAAUUCUUCAAUGGUCUCCAGACAAAACGCAUAGUGAUCGCGAACGAUGGAUAUGUAUUUAUCCAGCUUACAUAAAUAGUAAAAAAACAAUACCGCAGGGACGUAAAAUAGCUAAGGAUAAAUGUGUUGAAAAUCCCACAUACCAAGAAAUCAGGGAUGUUUUAUCAGCCACUGGGUUUUUAGUUGGUGUCGAAAACAAAUGUUUUUCUCGCGAAAGAAGCAAAGAAUUGUUAUUCAGAGGUAGAAUAAGGGUACAAUUAAAAAACAAUGAUGGCACUCCCGUGAAUCCUGACUAUCCUACAAGAGACAGUCUCUUGAUUCAUUUAGGUGAAAUGAUUCCAAAACUUAAAACUCGUAAUGUUAAAGCUGCAGGUGACCAACCAGCAUCUAGUAGUUCUUCUGGUAAAGGGAAAGGAAAGAAAGGUCGCCGUUGAAUCCAUUAAAAUUUAAAAAGAUUUACGUUAUUCAUUACCAAUAAUUUUCCAUAAUUAUAAAAAAGCAUAUGUAUUUGAAGACAUGAGAUUUAUAAUAAAGGACUCAUUGAUGGUU